CAGCACAGUUUCGGUUUGUUAUGAAAAUUUGAGCAUUUAUUGAAUAAAAAGUGCAAUAAUUUAAUAAUAAAUACUAUAAUACCGCAUUCAUAUUUUUUAAUUUUAAAUUUUUGAAAAUUAAUGAUAUUGAGACUUAUAAGCAACACAACUUUAUUGAUUGUCGACGUCGCCUGAUAUUAUUGGCCACUGCCUACGAAAACGGAGAAAAACAAACAACAAAAGUCGUGAACUAAACAAAGAAGGGUAAAAUACAAUUGACGAAAACUUCAAAAUUUCUUAUCAGUUCGAGGCGUAUCUGAUAACUAUCUUACCAAAUUCUACAGUGAUUUUAAAAACUUGUAGCCAAACAGUAUAUAUUUAGACCCGGUGUUGGAGGAAAAUCAUUAUAGUUGGUUAUUCGUUUCAAGAAGAAAUCCAAAUACAGUCAAGAAAGUGUGACGUGUCACAAAACAAUCGCGAUACUCAAAUUAAUAGUAUCUAAUUGAUCUUUCAUUUAUUUUUAAUCACAAUAUGUGUGGCACAAAUUCGACUAGCACAAAAGGCACACGCGCCCUUAUACUCGUCGGUGGUUAUGGAACACGACUACGUCCUUUGACACUUAGUACACCAAAACCACUCGUAGAGUUUGCGAAUAAACCAAUUUUAUUGCAUCAGCUCGAAGCUUUAGUCAGUGCCGGUUGUACACAGGUUAUACUGGCUGUUUCGUAUCGCGCUGAGCAAAUGGAAAAAGAACUCAAACAAGAGGCAGAUAAAUUAGGCAUAAAUUUAAUAUUUUCACAUGAAACCGAACCACUUGGAACGGCCGGACCAUUAGCACUAGCGAAAGACAUACUCAGUUCCAGUAAUGAACCCUUUUAUGUGCUGAACUCGGAUGUGAUUUGUGAUUUCCCAUUUCAACAAUUAGAACAAUUCCAUAAAAACCAUGGAAAAGAAGGCACAAUUGUUGUGACAAAAGUCGAAGAGCCAUCCAAGUACGGCGUAGUGCUGUACGAUGAACAAGGGCGCAUCGAAAAUUUCAUUGAGAAACCGCAGGAAUUCGUUAGCAACAAAAUUAAUGCCGGUAUAUAUAUAUUUAAUCCAUCCGUGCUGGAUCGCAUAGAAGUUAAGCCAACAUCAAUUGAAAAAGAAGUAUUCCCUGUAAUGGCUGACGAGGGACAGCUGUAUGCAAUGGAGUUGACCGGUUUUUGGAUGGAUAUAGGUCAACCUAAAGAUUUCCUAACAGGAAUGUGCCUUUAUUUAACAUCUUUGCGACAGAAGCAAUCAUCCAAAUUGUAUACAGGACCCGGAGUUGUGGGAAAUGUUUUAGUGGAUCCUACGGCGAAAAUAGGCGAAGGUUGUCGUAUUGGUCCAAAUGUUACUAUCGGCCCAGAUGUCGUCAUUGAAGAUGGAGUUUGUAUUAAGCGCUCAACGAUUCUCACAGGUGCCAUAGUAAAGUCGCACUCAUGGUUGGAUUCCUGCAUUGUUGGUUGGCGUUCAGUUGUAGGCCGUUGGGUACGUUUAGAGGGUAUAACUGUACUUGGCGAAGAUGUUAUUGUAAAAGAUGAAAUCUACAUAAACGGUGGGCAGGUACUGCCGCAUAAAAGUAUAGCCGCCAGUGUGCCAGAACCGCAGAUAAUAAUGUAAAUGCCAUAUAAUUAUAUUCUACAGAUAACAACUGUAAUAUAUAAGGAAAUUAGUGGAAGCUUAUUUGAUUUAUUCCUAAUAUACUACGAACGGUAUUUUGCUCUUAAAUUAGCGACAAUUUAAAAUUUAAUUAUUUGACAUUUCCAACUAGAAUUCUAAAAUUUUAAAUUAAUUUAUAUACAUACAUAUGUACAUAUAUGUAUGUGAAAUUCACGAACGAAUGUUUAUAAUGGUACGAUAUAUGCACACAAAAUAGUAAAUACAUACGUACGUGCUAAAUAAAUUUAAAUGUAUGUUUAUAACUUGUAUUAGGGCUUCUAUGAAAUAAUUUACAUUUGAAUCAAAUAUGCAAUAUAAACUUGAAGAAUAUGAAUGAUUCUAAAUAGUAUUUAUUUUUUUUUGUAAAAUAAAAAUUUAUUGAAACUUUAAAUAUGUUAAAAAAUGUCUUUCAAUUAUAACAGCUACAAAAUACUGAAAUUGUAAUUGUGCUUGAUUUCCCAAACUUCAGAGACUGCUAAAUAAAAAUAAUUUUUGUUUCGAAUUCAACAGAAUAAAUUGGUGCAUAAUACAGUUGAACUUCCAUAACUCGAAGUUGUGCAUAACUCAAAUUCUUGAAUUGGCAAUAGAAGUCAAAUUUCAUACAAAUUAACUUCUGUAACUCUCUCUAACUCGAACUUCUUUUGUGGAUAAUGGUGAUUCGAGUUAAGGAAGUUAAAAUGUAACUGAAAAUGAUGUAACUUACUUUAGAUUUUUUGGUUUCCAUUGUUUGCUACGUAAAUCGACUAAUUAAAACGCUGUAUACUUUUGACUUGUAUUUUUAUUAAGUUUAUAAUUUAUAUGUAGUAAUUGCAAUUCAAAUUGUAAUUAUUAGGUAAUUGUGGUAUUUUGUUUACAUUUUUUUGUAAUAUUUCUCCAUAUUAGUUCUUUUUGUUAUUGUAGUUGUUAAAUACAUUAUGUAUGUAUGUAAUACGUUACGCUAAUUAUUUGUAUUUUAUUUAUAUAUUUUUCCUCAAAUUACAUGCCAUUCUUAUUUAUGUAUUUCCUAUAAUAUUCUUCUGUUCCUCUCUACUGACUUGUUCUCUCCACACACUACAGAGUUCAGUUAAUUAGAACACGUUUCAUACAUUUUAAUUUGAUUUGUAUGGAAAUUCAUGAUUCCUACAUUUUCGCACCCCUUAUAUAGAUUCUCUUUAUUCGAAAGUUAGUAUAUGUCAGCAUGUUUGCAAUAAAAAUGUUAAAUAUCACAACACACAUGUUUCUUUAUUUAUAUUUGUUCUUAUAUAGUGUAUUAAAAGCGUUUCAUUUGUUUGCUUUUGUGUGUAAUAUAGUGGUCAAUUUGCAUAUGCAUGUUUUAAUAAAGGCGUCCACACCAACUACUACACUUAAAACAACGCGUGAACGCCACUAUUUGAUUUAAUUAUUUUUUGUAAAUACAUACAUAUGUACUGUACAUACAUAUAUGUCUUAUUAAAAUUAAAGAAAUUAAUUUUAAAUGUUGAAAUUAUUAAAAUAAAAUAUGCAUUUCACACAAAAUAAAAGUGUCGUUCUACCUAAUGUGGGAAAACCAUUAUAACUAAAUGAGGUCUUUUGUAUGGAUAAUUAUAAGCAUACAUAUAUAUGAUGUACAUAAGUUAGUAUUUUGUUGUGAUUGUUUAUUUUUAGAUGCAUUAGAAAAUAUUGCAUCUGGAGUGUAGUGCUGCGCAUUGGCAGUUCAUUAUUAUUUUCUCAAAUCUUAAUAUUAUUAGAUAUUUAAAUUGGUUAUUGUUUAUAAUACUUAUUUGUUGAGUGCACUCCCUUCCAAUAGCAGAGGUUUAUAUAAUAACUAAGUCAUGCACACAUACAUCAACACAAUAAUGAAGAAUAUUGUCAAUUUACAAAUAUAAAUUUAACGUAAGCUGAGUGAAUAAAUAGGACGCGCAAAUAAUUGCAAACGAGAACACAAAAGCACACAGGAGAUGUAGAGCUGGUAGUUUUAUAACCUAAGAUAUAUUUAGUUCUUUACUUAAAUAAAACGCCAUAUAAUAUUGAGUUGGAUAAAUUUUAAGUAAUGUUCCAUAUAACCGAAUCAAAUUAGAUUAUUUCUAGCAAAUUAGUAUAGACAUAUAAUCGUAUAACUUUUUUAUUUAAAACAAUAUAUUGCUGAAUAAUUAAAUUUUUUUAAAUUUAAUAGUUGUUUUUUCAUUGAGCUGACAGUUUUAUUUAUUUAUUCGCUUAAAAAAUAUAUAUGGAGAUUCUAAACUGUACCCAAGUACAAGAUUGAAAAUAUUUUGAUGAUUUAUGUCAGAAAUUACGAAAUGCAUGUUUAACGUUUUUGCGUCAAGUUUUACAAACUUUUCAUUUGUACUUAAUAAAUAAAAAAAUAAGAAA